AUGACCCAGUCCAACCCCUACCCCCCCCUCUCCAGAGGCACCCUGCCCUGCAGCAACGCACACCAGCCCAUACCCAACUACUCAGGUAACCCCAUGACAGCCGUGUAUGCCAUCCCAGCCUCCAGGCCUGGUUACCCGGACUACCUGGUGUCCUCGCCCUCCUCGCCCCCUUCCUCCUACCACAGCCCCUCCUGGAUGUCCUACCCCCCCGAGCCUGACGAGGUGCCCCCCCCACAGUGGGCUGACUCCGUGCCCCUCCCAGGGUAUGUGGAGGCCUUCCCCCACCCCCGCUACCCCCAGGGCACCACCCCCAGGCUGCCCCUACAGUACAGCCAGUCCUCGGAGGCACCCCCUAGCCCAGAGCCCGCUGCUCCCCAGGAGAGGAGGCCUGACCUGGGGGAGCCCAUGGACGGAUUCUCCCUUGGCAGCCUGUCCACCUCCGCCCUGGUCCUGGCCAUCCGGCAGGAAGUGGCCAAGUUGGCAAAGAAGCAAAGCGACAUGUUUGAGUUCCAGGUGUGAUUCUUGCCUCUUGCGCGCCCCCCCCUGGUGUUUGGGAGGCUGUACUGCAUGGUAGUCCUCUCCAACAAGCUCUGACACCAGAGCCCGGGAAUCUGAACUGUGCUCCCUGGGCACUUGUAUAGUAAGACUGAUCGAAGGUUCUUUUAAUUCUUCUGUCUUCUUUCUCAUUUUUUUUUAAAAUGUCCUCUGUCAUCCUGGGGCAAGACCACUCUGAGCAACCUGAUGCAUAUUCUGGGAUUCUAGAAUUACUGAAGAGUAACUUUUCCUUCUCAACUUGUCAAUCAUUUCAGAUCAGUUCUCUGUAGUUUUGUAUGCCAUUGUUACUUUGUACUGUAGAUAAGUCAUUAAGACAUCUUAAGACCUGCUAGCGUGAAAGAUGGCGGAUUUUGUCAAGCUGUUGAGUACAAUUGAUAUGGGAGAGAACAUGGAUCGCGGUGUAAUAAUAGUUUUCCCUCAGCAGAGACUUUUAUCAAAGUGAGAAACAGGGAGGAGAUGAGAUGCUGUCACCUCUUGGUCUGAAGUCACAGGCUCGACUACUGAGCUAUGCCAUCUCCAGUGUACAUACAAGCAUGUCCAGAAUAUGGAUGUCACUUGUCCUUCAGACCAAGCCCAUGCAGUGAAAAGAAAGGAUUUGUGUUUCUAAACAGAGGCUUGAAAAUCAUUGUUAGGCUGUAUGUUUGAAGAGGUUUGGUCUUGAACACUUAUCUUCGUGAUGACUCUUCCAACGUUACACGUUCUAAAACGAUACGAAUGAUUAGCGUUUGAAAUCGUCGUUAACGGCUAAAUCUUAACUUUUAACGUUGAGUAGUGAAAUACUGCAUAAGUGCACUUUAUUCAGUCGAAAUACACGAAGUGAGUUAGCAAAGAAACCCGUUGGUGAAUAUUGAAAGGAAAGGUCUGUCCGUAGAUUAGUUUGUUUCGAACGGAAUGUAGACACGCGAUGUCCUUGCAAUGCACGCGAUGUCCUUGCAAUGGCUUCCUGGGACAAGUCCAGCAGGACGGAUAGCUGGGGUUUCCAUGACAGCCAGGAGCGCAUGAGCAGCAACAAGAAGGCCACUCAGAGAAGUCAUCCGUCUCGCCCUUCUCUUCAGCCCUGUUAUUAAUGCAAAUGACUGUUUUGAUUUUUUACGAAUAGCUUUUUUUUUAUCAUAUAAAAACUGUACAUAUACAAAGUUGUGUUUGUUGUGUUUGUUCGAGAUGCAACGGGGACAGGCAAAAAAACACCACCUGGUGUGUGUGCGUGCGCACGCGCACGUGUAAAUACGUGAGUAAUGUCGUAAUUCCCGACUGUGUCUCUUCCGUCCAGCGUGUCUUGUGCUGCUGGAUCAGAUAAGGCCCAGGGUUGAGGUUAUAUCUUACCAUGUGCUAUACCUCAAAACGUUUCUGUCUCGAACCUGUAUAGAUGCUGAUGAGCUUUGUAAAUUAAACAUCUUUCACAUUAUAACGGUGGUUUAUUGAUCUGAGGACUAGAAUGGAGAACGAGAUGGCGUGAUUUGAAAGUAAAAUGCUAAAGAUGCUGACCGAUGAAUUGUUUGCGGGUUGUGGACCAACA